AAAUAUCUUUAUGAUUUUUGUUAAUAAUAAUAAAAGUUUUUAUUUUCAGUAAUAAUUAUUUUUUUUUUUUUAAUUUUAAUUCAUUUACUUAUUCAUUAUAAAAUGAACAACUCAUCAACUCCUCCUUUUGUUCCUCCACCACAAACACCCUCUGCAAUUCCUAUCGUCGCGCCAAUUAACAAUACUACAGAAAAAGAAGAAAACAAAUCUUCAUCAAGUACAACUACAGAAUCAACAUUAAAUAAUACCAAUUUUAAAAGACUAUGUAGAAAUGUUAUUAUUCAUGGAUUUUGUAAAUUUCAAGACAAAGGAUGUGAAUUUAAGCAUGAAACAGAAAAAUCUUUUGUGCUGCCUCAACAAAUGAGUAUGGGCACUAGUACAAAGACUUUAGAAAAUUCUUCUCAAAACAAUACGUCAAUAGAUAAUAUGAAUGCUUCUAUAUUUGUACCAAAAUCAGCUUCUUUAACAACAUUACAAGAUAACUCAAUGUCAAAAGCAAUCUAUCAAGCACAAAGAGUCAAUGCUUCAUAUGGUCAACAGUUUGGUACAUUUAUUCCUCAUUAUUCCCACCAACAACAACAACAACAGCAACAGCAACAAUCAAUAACGUCUAAUACAGAUCCUUAUUUUUAUAUGCAUUCAACUUCUCUUAAUCAACCUCAAUAUCAUCAAAAUGCACCAACAUUACCCCAUGUUGGUAAUUUAUUGAAUCAUCAAAGACUUGUUCAGUCAUUUUUUAUUCCUGAUAAUUUGAGAGAAAAACUUGUAAAAAGGAAUGAAGUAGCUACAGCUACAUACACUAAUAAAAACGUGGAUUUAAAAGUGCCUGAUGAGGUCGAUGUGUAUCAUUCUUUAUAUCCUUUAGAUGAUAAACCAGGUAACAUAUUAGGUCACUCAUCAUGGCUCUAUAAAUGUACAUGUCGUACAGAUGGUAAACAAUAUACAAUGAUUCGAAUUGAAGGCUUUCGAUUAGUUAAUGAACAAGCAAUGACGGUAGUUAAAAGAUGGAAGAAAGUUAAGCAUGCUAAUAUUGUUUCCAUUCAUGAAGCAUUUACAACAAGAGCAUUUAAUGAUUCAUCAUUGGUUUUUAUAUUUGAUUAUUAUCCUUGUUCAAUUACUUUAUAUGAAGCUUAUUUUUCACCUCAAGCACAAGCACUUUUAUUAGCUAGGUUCCAAGCAACUGGAAUGAGUGUAAUGCCUGUACCUGAAACAACAUUAUGGAGUUUUAUUAUUCAAAUUGCCUCUGCUUUAAAAGCAAUACAUCAUAAUGGAUUAUCUGCAAGAUCACUUGGACCAAAUAGGAUCAUCAUGACAAGCAAGAAUAGAUUACGCAUUAAUCACGCUUCUAUAAUGGAUGUCCUUCAAUAUGAUACUCUAAAUGAACAAAAGAUUGCCAUUCGUCAACAAGAAGAUUUAUUAAAUUUUGGAAAAUUAAUAUUAUCUUUAGCUUGUCAUAAUACAACUAUUCAACAACAAAACACAUCUGAAAAUAAUGUGAAUGGCUUGAUUCAAUCAUUUGAAUACAUGUCACGAUUUUAUUCACCUGAUUUGAAAAGUGUUGCAUAUUAUUUACUAGGAAAGCCUUCUUUAGUCAAGUCAAUCGAUGAAGUAUUUAAUAUCAUUGGUCCUCGCUUAUUAACUGAAUUAAAUCAUCAUCACCACUACACGGAUACGUUGGAAGCCAAUUUAGGAAAUGAACUAGAGAAUAGUCGUUUGGUUCGAUUAUUAACAAAGCUUGGAUUUAUUAAUGAAAGACCAGAAUUUGAUAACGAUCCAAGAUGGUCAGAAAGUGGAGAUCGAUACAUGAUCAAACUAUUUAGAGAUUAUUUAUUUCAUCAAGUGAAUGAGGUUGGAUUACCCAUUGUGGACAUGACGCAUGUCAUCUCUUGUUUAAAUAAGUUGGAUGUUGGAUCAGAUGAAAAAAUUUUAUUGACAUCAAGAGAUGAUCAAACAACGAUGAUUAUCAGUUAUAAAGAACUUAAAUCAAGUAUUGCAUCUGUGUUUAAUGAUAUUUAUUCAUCACAGCCCAAUACAAGACCAAAAUAAAGAAUAUUUAUUU